AUAGAUAUAAAUGUGGAUCAGGAUGAAAUAUCAAAUUAUUACAGUUUACUAGCCGAAAUGGUCGUCCUAAAAGUUCUUCUACCUUUGAUUGCUGUCCUCGGAACAUUCAAACAAAUUUCUGGCGCUUCAUUCAUUUGGUACCAUUACAUGACUGGUCAACCAUUAGACCAAGAUCAUGUAAUCUUACAUUACACCGAAGUUGGAUUGGAAGGGGGAAUCCGCAUGUUUGAAAAAACAUAUGACGGGUCGCAGUGUUACACCGAUUCUAAUUAUUCGUUGAAAGUGGUAGAUGGUGAUCCAAAUUACACUUUGGAAAAAUCGAUGAACAACUGUAAACUAUAUCGCAUAGUCGUAUUUCAUAAUGAAACCAACGAGGAACCUUAUAAAAUCGUCAAUGUGAAUGUCUCAAACACCUUCAAUUUUAAAUCGAACGAAUGUAUUUCCGCUUCCGGUACCUAUCACGUGGUGAUGACCAAGACUCGGAACCCAUCUGUUGAAGAUCAACAGAAAAUAUCGGAAGAUCUGGAAAAUCUUGGCGUAAACGAACUCAAACUGACAGACCUUUCAGUUUGUCCUGACCCAGUCUGA